GAGACAGCUAAGCUGGAGAGCUCCCUCUUCAACAUUAUAAUCAACCGUCUUCACUGGAUAUAUGCCCUCUCCGUCAGCGAUUUGCUUGUCCCCACCGGACGGGAAACUACCGUUCCCACCGCGGAGACCUACCCGUCAACACCCUGUCAUGACAACACCAUCCUCACCAAGUUUGCCGUUACUCAGCAACAGGUGGACAAGCGUCUUCGCUUCAAGGUCAGACGUCUGUCG